AUGGGCAAGCUGACGUCCACGAUCGGUAUUCCCAUCAAGUUGCUCAACGAAGCGCAGGGUCAUGUCGUGACACUCGAGAUCACAUCUGGUGUUGUCUACCGGGGGAAGCUUUUGGAAGCUGAGGACAACAUGAACGUUCAACUGAAGGACAUCACUGUCACCGCGCGUGACGGUCGUGUCUCUCAUCUAGAUCAGGUAUACAUUCGCGGCAGCCACGUGCGGUUCUUCAUUGUCCCCGACAUGCUCCGGAAUGCUCCCAUGUUCCGUUCACGAGGCCAGCGCGGGCGCGGUGUCGGUUUGGCGCGUGGUAAGGCUACUGUGCAGCGUGCGCGUGGCCAACGCGGCCGGGGUUGA